GUGAGUAGGGAGGUAUUUGGAAUCAGGACGCGUAGACGCUAGCUAAGCCGAGUCCGUCCAAACACCGGUAUGUUAGCAUAGCAGGAAUCACUACUGAGGUAUUGCAGUAAAGUUGGUCAGAUCAUCACCUCCAACAUCAGGAUGUUUAACCCUCACCAUCACCAGCAGCAGCAGCAGCAGCAGUUUCAUCAGCACCUUCGUCAGCUACAGCAGCUGUUCCAGCAGCAAACCCCACCGCCGCCUCCACCACCUCCUCCACCACCACCCCAACCUCCACCAACACAUCACAUCCCCCAUCACCACGGGGGAGGACGGCCUAUGACUGUCCCGGCUCCGGCGCCUCCUUCUGCCCGCAUGGUCAACCUGUGCUCUGCCACCCAGACCAUCAUCGCCCCUAAUCCCAUGCUGCAAGGCGCAUUACUGAUGCAGCAGAUGCAAGGGGGAAUGCGGAGCUUUGCCAUGGGUGGACAGCAGUUUCAGCAGUUUUUCGCUGCAGGCUCCAGAUCCUCCAUUUUGGGUCCGGUUCCACUUGGGGUUGCUAUAAAAACUCCACAUAUGGGAUUUCCUCCACGACACUUCAACCCUCAUGCUCGCUAUUUUAACAACGACUUUCAGUCACGACAGCCGGACAGGAAAAGAGAGAACGAACACAGACCUGCAAUCGGCCCCGACAGCCAGUCUGGGGCGAGCAGCAGCCGAGAUGAAACCACAUCGGUGGCAGAUGUCAGCGGUCAAUCAUCCACGCAGCAGCCGGAUGAGCCUGCUGCUAAGAAACAGAGAGCUGAAGGGUCAAACGACCCGCUCGAGACCGAAGCAUCUCCGAGUACCGAGUACGAACGAACUGCUGAAGAUCCCGAUACUGCAGACUGCAUACCAGAAGAAGACGGGACAGUAGCCGGGUCCGAGGCAGCCGAGGCACUGGAGCAAAGCCGGGCAGCUGAGCAGGUCGAAGGCCCUGAGACUUCACUCAAAAAUGCAGAUCAGCAGAGUAGUUUGAACCAGCCGGAGCCUGUAGGUUCGGGGACUGUAUCUGAUGGUAAAGACGACGCAGCCAAGAGCAGUGACGUGGCUAGGGAAGCAGCAGAAGGAGGAGGAGGAGAAACUGCUAACAAAUUCUACUGCUAUAUUUGUAACAUUACCUGCCACAACCAACAAAAUUUCCAGAGCCAUAUGAAUGGACUGGCCCAUCAGCAGAGGAUGAUGGAAAUUCAGCACAUGAGUAACGCCUGCCUCGUCACACUGCUGCCUCGUGUACAGGAGUCUCUACAGGGGCCACGCAAAGACGGGGAGAAAAGACCAGGCUUGCAGAGGUGGUGUCCCACCUGUAAAACUCACUUCACCACGAAUGUCCUGGAUCAUCGUAAAACCAAGGAGCACAAGCUCUGUAGCCGUUCUCAGACUCCCGGCUGUACCGUCUGUAAGCAGCAGUUUAGGACGUCCAGAGAAUUCGUCGAACACAUGCAGUCCACCGAGCACAAACAGCGCAUGGAGCAGUUGUUAAAAGAGACCGGGAAAGGGAAUCUGGACGACCUGGGCUUGGAGGUGUACACAGUGGGCGCUGAUGAAGAAGGCAUCGACAGUGAAGAGGAAGAGAAGGUGGAUGAAGAAAACGGACAGCAGGAAGGUCUGCCUGUACAGAUGGAGGUCACAUUGGAAGAUAUUACGGAGGAGGAAGAGUUCGACUCAGACACCGUAUACGGUUCCAACUUUGUCAUCCCCGUGGCCGGGUUCCUGUGCCGACUGUGUAACGAGUUUUAUCACUACGAGGCAUCAGCACGACGCUCACACUGCAAAACGCUCCAACACUUCGAUAAUCUAAAGAGAUAUAAAGCAUUAAAGAUUCAGGAAGCUUCAGCUUUAGAGGCCUCAGAGUCAGUUUGUACCUCAGAGGAUCAUCAAUCCAAGGACACAGAGUCUCCUAGUGGUUCCUCUUUAAGUGACCCUGUCAUCAGCAACAGUAGACUAGUGUCCACUGGAGCAGCUACUGUUCAGGAAAGCAUCACUACUAGUAUCACCACCACAACCACCGCCAGCACCAGCAAAGGGAAUAACAACAACAACAACGGCAGCAGCAGCAGCGGCAGCAGCGCACCGCCAUCUCCUCCUAACCAGCAGCCUGUUUCUGGGUCUCCAACAAAGUCCAGAGAUACAGAGGAAGACACGGUCACAGAAGAGCCUGACGCGGACGAGCCUGAGGAGGACGUUCUCAGCACCGUGCCUGAAGAGAAGACGACCCGAGGGCGCGGAAGGACGGCCGCCAAGAGAAGAGGGAGGGGAGGACGACGACGCUGAGCACUGGGGAAGAUGCAGAGAUGGAGGAAUGAGCUGCUAGAGUUAGAAAGAGUGGGGAAAAUGUAAUUCAAUGUUUAUUACCCAUCUUCUGCUGUUCACUAAAAGUGUGGGAACCCAGGACAGUAGGACAGACCCUGUAGAGAGUAGGUCUUUUAUUCAUUAGUCAUUUCAUAGGUCCUUGUCCCGGAUUUGACAUUUAAACCCCUCACAAGUUAUAGUAUGUUUUUAUUUUAUUUUAUUUUAUUUUAUUUCCUCCCUUUGUGCUUUGUUCAGAAUGUGUGUACUGAUGAAAUAAGGAUCUUGCACAUUUCUAUCUCGUGAGGUUCUUGAUCCCUCAGAAGCUUGUAGUGACUUAGAAUGUAGCAACGUUUUACUUUAACAAGCAUUUUUAUCAUGGUUCUGUAAAGCAUAAAAAAAGAAACAAUUACGGUACGUUUAUUUUGAACGGAAACACGUGUUUAGAGACGAUCUGUGGAAUAACGUGCAACCGAGCUGCGAAUCAAGCGAACAUCAAGUUUUAAAGGUAAACAUGAUCACAGUUCCUGGCUUGUUUAUUUUGUUUUGGGCCACUUUUUUUUUAGCUUCAGAAUAAAUUCAGGUAAAUCCUGAUCAGAAACCUGUGAUAUGCUCUUGGAUAAAUGGUCUUUCAAUGUAGGCAUGAUGUAUAGACACGACUCAGAGAUGCUGUGUCUUCUAGAGAAACGGAAGCAUGCGUGUGGUGCACACAUUAAAGCCUUCAUAUGUUGGAUUCGUUCGUUGACAAAAAAACUUAAAUCGGUCUAAAUGCUUAAUGUCUGCGGGUCACCCGUGGAGAAGGUGAUCUUUUACGAUCCGAGCUUGGAGAGAAGAAACCGAGCCUUCGGCUUAAGCUCUCACAGGUUUGCGCAAAAAGCAUUCAAGAGCUUGCUAUUCCAGCGAACAACAAGGAAAGUGUUACUUCACGAGUGUUUGUCGCAGUCUUAGCCUAGAAUCCGGGAGCAUCAUCUUAGUGUCCUAGUGUCAGUGGAGUCGUCGUUAUUAAUGUUGUUAGCUUAGCUGGACGUACCACCACGCCGUUUGUUUUUCAUGCUCCUAUCACUAGGCGAGGGUAAUCGGUCAGUUUAUUUUUUUCUGUCUCAGUAAUUCACACUUUUUAUUCACUCGGAUUAAUUUUACAGCUAUGGUAUGUGGUCCAAAACCAUGACAGGAUCUGGUCCACCUUAUAGAUCGACGUUUGGUGGAAAUGAAAAAGACACAGCUAUCGUGGUGGGUUUAAAAGCAUCUCCAAACUUCUACUUUAGUCCAGGCCUGUGUUGGUAUACAUCUCUCCAAAUCCUGUGCUUACGCUUUCUUUUUUUUUCUUUUUUUUUUUUUUUUAUGUGAGCAAGUGCAGAACUUGUAAUAACUAACCAGGAUUCAUUUAUUCAUAAAUCCUGUAUAAAGAAACACUGAAGAAGAGCUGCUUUAUACAAAUUUGUUGUUGUUGCUGUUUUUUUUUUUUUUUUUGGUGAGGAUCUUUUCACUCCCUCAGUGGCAUUAGUUGUGUGAUUGUAAUACUUUUUUCUGUGUGGUGUUUUUUUUUGUUUUUUUUUCCCUCCCACUUGCAUCUCCACGCACUGUCAAAAUACACUGGAAAAACCCUAAACCCGCAUGUUUUGUGUGUUUAACCCGGCAAGUAAAAGUCGUGCUAUUUGGCUGUUGCGCCGCAGUACACUUUGGUAACUCUAGGACAAUAACUGCUGUGCUUUAGAUAGAAAUAAAUAUACAAUCCCAAGUGGAUUUAUCAUCUCAUUUCCCCAGAUGAUACUCAGAUAAAUUUGUCUUGGAAUCACGAACGUGAUCCCCUGCACAGGCUUUGUUUAGAAAGCGUUCACACUUCCGGUGUCAUUGGACUUGUGUGAUUUCUUUUAAUUAGUAAGUGGGUUUGCUAGCAAUAGUGGGAAAGUUUGGUCUUUGAGAAUUUCCUGUUUCUUCAGUGAGAUAUUAAGUGAUUUGAAUUGAAGUGAUAUGUUUCCAGAAUUGUUUUAGUGACCAAGAUUUCCAGAAAGAUCUGAAGCCAUAUCCAGAUCAAGCACAGGUCUAGAUCUGCCCUCAUACUGUCCAGGAAUUCUAUUAUUAACAAAUCUGCUCGAGAGAGUUGAGAUGAUCGUUUCUUCAGGAUUUGAAAGCCGUAAACACUCAACACAGUUCCUCUUUUGAGGUGUACAUUUAAGCUGAUUAAUCCUUCUUGAUUUUUUUUUUUUUUAUAAAAUGAACGGCAGACGCGAGUUAGCCACAUGCAGUAUUAAUCACUCAGAAAUCAAGAGACAGUCCAGUCCAGUUUCCAUUUAACAACUAAACUCUAUAGAUGUACACCUUAAAUCCAGUUCCAGAAAGAAAGAAAAAUACCAUGACUCGUUGUAGUCUUUUACUCACACAGCUGUUUCGAAAGACACAUUGCAAGGAAUAGCGUUAAGGAAAGCUAACAAAAUGUGUAGAGAUUUGAGUCCUACCUCCUUCCAGGACCACAACAAUAUUUGAAAAUGAUCACCAUCAGAAUGGAACUGUACAUUUCAUAAUCUAUUUUUAUUCUACAAAUGAAAUAAGGAUUUAAAAAAGGUUGUUUUAUAGGAGCUGGAAGCAUCUUGUAUUUUUUUUUUCCUCCAGAUGUUUGUUUUCUGCAUUUUAAUGUCUAUUAAAAUAUUUGAUGAUUAA